AUGCUCAAAAUGCCUUUGGAAGAAGCAGAGGAAAAAAAGGAAAAGACGCAAGAAAAGUAUCAACACAGAACUCCUAACAUGCACGAGGAGCUGCAGGAGCUGACGAAUUGUGAGCCACUAAGCAAACUGAGGGGCUCACAGAUGGACUGGCUGCUUGACAGCACGUCUCACUACAGAAGGAGCUCCGGCACUGAAGCCGCGUCAAACGCAAAUGUGGCCGUGCAUCCCACCUCUUCGUUUCGAGGGGUGGAGGAGGACGUCAUAAGUGAGGGGCUGUCGCGGGUCGAUUCCACAUCAACGCCGCAUGGGCCCCAGCAGCUUGCCAGCACGGCCCCGUGCAACAGAGGGACCGCCGGGAAGUCGGUGGGAAAAGACGCUGCUGCCCCGGGAGCCGACACGGCCGCCGCCCGCCUCCCCUCGCAAGACGAGGGUGAUGCGGGGGCGCUGCUUAUUACCGUUGAGGUCUCCUCGUCGAGCGCGUCCCCGGAAAGACUGGUGUCGUCGCCCUCGCCGGUGCUGUCUGCUCGCGCUCGACCGUCACUCAGCACCCUGCGCGGGCCGAAAGGAAGGCGUCACGCCAGGUCUGCCGCCAAGCGAGAGGGCAGGCGGCGCAGCUCAAACAGUGUGAGCAACCCAUCCAGCAGGAGCAUCUCGAACCUAAACGCCGCCACGGUAAUCUCGCUCACCAGCAAGUCGAACUCGAGGCGGUCUUCAGCGCUUGCUCAGCACGGCUCUGCCGCGGUGCCGGCGGGGGCGGGCAGAAGGCGUGUAAGUAUCAAAAGGGCUUCCACGCCGCGCCCGUCUACCACCCCAUCUGCGCUCUCACCGCGGACGCCGGUAGAGGGCAAGAGCCAGGGCGCCAGGGCGAAAUCGCCCUCGCCAGCGAUUCCAAGUCGUGAGACGUCGGUGGCUACUGUCGCCGCGGCCAAAAAGAGGGAGGGCAGAAGGCAAGUCACCUCGUCACAGCGGAGUAACUCCAAGGCGUACAUAAGCUCCACUGAAAUCGUCGUUUCCUCUGAGAGUGACACGGACGCCGCCCCAUCGGCCUCUCCGCUCCUUUCUGGAGGGAAGUCCCACCGCUCUUUCCUUCCCCACGAGCAAAAACGAGGCUCGGCUGUGGACAGGGCUUUGGCGUCCGCGUCCGCCUCCACCUCGGCCGUGGCUGUCCUUGGCGUGUACGAGGUGGCCGGACCGGGCGCGGCACUGCCGGUAGCUGAGGAACCGAAGAAAGCUAGUCAAGCCAAUUUGUCCCACCGAGCGCCGACGACGACGAGAUCAGCUCACCUAGACGAUAAAAAUGCCGAAUUAAAGGAUACUAACAAUAGUGCGGCAGCGCAUGGCGCUGAGGAGGUGGAGGCGAAAGUGCCGUCUGAGAAAGUGAAGCUUGUGGCCACGGAAGAAGAGCCAAAACGGCUUGUGAAGGAUGAGGAACAAAAAGUGGCAACACCACCGGUAGAAACUUUGAAGCGUGCGGGGGGUGAGGAGAAACACAAGGCGUCAGAACCCAAGAGGCGGGUGUCAGAGGGAAAUGCACAGCAGCAAACCGCGACGAAUACGGAAGCUGAGGAGACCAGUACGCGAAGAAGGGUGUCGACAGAACAGCCCGCCCCAGUCGCGGCUCCCACGCCGCGGGAAACAGGAAGCGUGCCAGUCGUGGCACCAGAGGCUCCCAACCCAGCCGUGCCCGACAAGCCGCAGGAAGUCGAUGAGGUGGUCGCUGCGUGCCAUGCGGAGGUAAAGACAUGCGGCGACACGGCGGCGGUGCCGUCUCUCCAGCUUCCCCUCGGAUCAAAGGAGAAGUCGAAGGCGAAGUGCUGUAGCGUCAUGUAA